GCCGGACUCUUUCGACAAGUUGCCGGAUGUAAUCCUCGAGACAUACACUAAGCUAGUUCUCGAAGGCACGAUCGUCGAGCAGGUGGAGGGCGAAACGCCCGCGGUGCCGAUGGACUACACGUGGGCGAAGUCCCUCGGCCUCGUCCGCAAGCCAGCCAGCUUUAUCUCGUCGAUCUCCGACGACCGGGGCGAGGAGCUCAAGUAUUGUGGCGUCUCCAUCUCGCAGGUGUUUGAGGAGGACAUGGGGGUCGGCGGCGUGCUGAGCCUCCUGUGGUUCCGGCGGCAGCUGCCCAUGGAGUGCACCAAAUUCAUCGAGAUGGUCCUCAUGGUCACCGCGGACCACGGGCCCGCCGUCAGCGGGGCCCACAACACCAUCGUGACGGCGAGGGCCGGGAAGGACCUGGUCUCGGCCCUCACCAGCGGGCUGCUCACCAUCGGCCCGCGCUUCGGCGGCGCGCUGGACGACGCCGCGAGAAUGUUCUCCGAGGCCUACGACAGUGGCAUCUCCCCCAAGGACUUCGUCGAUAAGAUGAAGAGGGAGAACAAGCUCAUUAUGGGCAUAGGCCACAGGAUCAAGUCGCUGGCGAACCCGGACCAGCGGGUGGUGAUCAUCAAGGAGCACGCUAAGAAGGAGUUCAAGAGCACGGGCAUCCUGGACUUUGCACUCGAGGUCGGGGAGAGCGAGAGAAUGUACAGUCAAGCUAAUACCAUGGGGAACGCUAGAUAAGGAACCAAGCCUUAGGGGGGGCUAGAGGCAUCGGUGCACGAAGAGCGCUAGUUAGAGGAACGAACAACAACGGAAGGACCCAACAGACAGCGAGCCCCUUGCCGACCCGGGCUUUUCCUUCGUGCAGCUGCAGACGGUCUCAAAGUUCGCCCUUCUCGUCGUCGUCGUCCUCCCCGUCAUCCUCCGCUUUCUCCUCGUCGUCCUCCGGGGCUCACCGCUGCGCCCUCUCCAAUUCCUCCUCCUCCUCCUCCUCGCCCUGCCCCUGCCCCACCUCCGCCCGCACCCUUCCUCCCCGCUUCCUGUCCCCCGUUGCCCCUCCUUCUUCCGCUCCUUUCCACCCUCGCGUCGGCGGCGCUCCCCUGAGGAAGAGCGGCUCCCCCCCAACGCAGGACUGGGCUCCCUCGUCCCCCGCCCCCUCUCCAGGUGGAAGAGCCUUGAGCCCGGGCGCACCGUGAGCUCUGACCGCACGACAUGCUGCGGGA